CUAAGAAGCUAAACAUUCCAUUUUGGAGUAUUCAGUCACCACACUACACUAAGGCAGCAAUCCAUCAUCUAACACUCAACACUAUAAACAAUAAGCAGGUCGGUGAAGGUUCACUCCCACUUGUCAAAAUGGCUCAACAUUUACACCACUACUACCUUCACCUUUCAAGAGGAUUGCAUGCUAAUGCUAUUGCAAUUGUCAAACGUCCACACCAUGUGGUUCCAUUUACAUUCUCCUUCUCUCAGGCAUUUCAUCAAACACCUUCAUCACACUCUCACUCUCAGCCUCAGAUUCAGCACACACCCUUCAACUUCAACUUCAACCUGGGUUUGGACGACCCAGCUCUACCCCAGUUCCUCGAAUUGCUCAAAAAUGAAGAUCAUUUCCUACCGCAAGAAGCAGAUUUACGACCAAACAGAGAUUUGAUAUGUUCUGCUAUUUGGGCUUUGAGGGAAGAGUGGAAACCUGCGCUCCGAGCCUUCAAAUUGAUUGACUACGAUGAGAAAGUUUGCAACUUGAUCAUAUGGGUCUUGGGAACUCAUGCAAAAUUUUCCACUGCCUGGAGCAUCAUUCGGGAAAUGCAUCGUUCUUCUCUGUCCACACGCCAGGCCAUGCUUAUUAUGAUUGAUAGAUAUGCAGCUGCAAAUAACUCAGCCAAGGCUAUUCAAACAUUCAAUUUUAUGGACAAUUUCAGAUUGAGUCCAGAUCAGGAAGCAUUCCAUGCACUUUUGACUGCGCUUUGUAAAUAUGGUAACGUCGAAGAGGCUGAAGAGUUUAUGCUGGUGAACAAGAAGCUCUUCCCACUUGAGACAGAGAGCUUUAACAUUAUUCUUAAUGGAUGGUGUAACAUUACACAUGAUGUGUAUGAAGCAAAAAGAGUUUGGAGGGAAAUGUCAAAACAAUGUAUAACACCAGAUGCUACUUCAUAUAGCCACAUGAUUUCCUGCUUUUCAAAGGAAGGGAAUCUCUUUGACUCUCUCAGACUCUAUGAUCAGAUGAAGAAAAGGGGAUGGAUCCCUGGGAUAGAGGUUUAUAAUUCUUUAGUGUAUGUUUUAACUCGUGAAAAUUGCUUGAAGGAAGCUCUCAAGACCAUAGAUAAGUUGAAAGAGCAAGGUUUGCAGCCAGAUUAUGCCACCUUUAACUCCAUGAUACUCCCUCUCUGUGAAGCUGGAAAACUAGCAGAGGCAAGAAUAAUAUUAAACACAAUGGUGGAUGAGAAUAUCAGUCCAACCAUUGAGACCUACCAUGCUUUUUUGGAGGGAACAGAUUACCAAGGAGUAUUAGAAUUUCUAAGUAGGAUGAAAGGUUCUGGUUUAGGUCCAAAUAAGGAUUCCUUUCUCAUAAUUCUGGUAAAAUUCUUAAAGUUGAAGCAGCCUGUAAAUGCACUGAACAUUUGGAUGGAAAUGAAGACGUAUGGUGUGGUGCCCAGUUGUAUGCAUUACCAAAUAAUGGUUGAAGGGCUUGUAACAUGUAAGUGGUUCAUAAAGGCCAGGGAUUUUUAUGAGGAGAUGAUUUCAAAUGGAUGUUCAGAAGAUCCAAAGCUUAAUAAGCUCUUCGAGAAAGAAGUCCUUGACAGCGGUGAUCAAGGAAAACAGAAUGUAAAAAAGGCUAAAAAUGUGAGCAUUCUGAAAAGUAAUAAGAUGAAAUUGAAAAAUAGUUGAGACCUGUCAAGAAAGAAGGCAUUGUCUAAUUGUGGUGGGGUUUCUCGUAAAAUUCACUUGGUCAUAUUCCUGGAAACUCAGGCACUCUGGCUGUAGCCCCUUGUCAACCUGUCCAAGUUUUGAAUUUUAUUAUUGGAGCAGAUGUACAGAAGACAUGGAAGUGUUGGGUGAAUCCAUCGUUGUCUGAUCUUCACAUAAAUACUUGAGGGUUUUGGUUGCUGCUGCAUGCCCUGGACCUCAUACUCCCUUGUUUUGAUUGUGUGGUUCAUAUUUCAACAAAGCAUGAAGUUCAUAUUCUGGUUUUGUUUCUUCCUGGAGUUCCCCAUUGAUGGUUGGUAAGCUAUAUCUUAACAAAAUUGUGAAAAUGAGUCUAAUAGCACUCCCUCCCAACCUAAUAUCUAUAUAAAAAAGGAGCAUAUGUUAUGCAAUAACUAGUAACUACAUGUUUUCUUCCGCAGUCUAUUAGGUAAAGAUAAAUUUAGUUAAAGAUUGAUAGUAUUUUAGCAGUUUUUAUGUGCAAAACUGUAGUGUAUUAUAUUCUCCUUCUGCUAUAUCAUCAGGGAGCUAUAAUCGUGUCUUAUAUUGGGAGGACAGGUCUUCAUAUCAUGGUAUUAGAGCCAUACCAUCCUUUGUGAUCUCUCCAAUCACAAUUUAGCUGCUAAGUUCUUUAAAGUUUGGAACUAUUAUAACAAUAGAUUCUUUCACAAAUAAGCAAUCUAAUUGAUCGUUGUUAUCCCCGUUUUUUGAAGUAUUCUAAUUUUGUUUGUAUCUUUGCUUUUUGGGUUCCAUCUGCUAGCGCUAACCCUUCAUACAUUGUCGUGGUUAGUACCCUUUUUUUGUUAUUUAGUUUUAAGGUUUCAACUGCUGUUAGCGUUAGCUCUAUAGUCAUCAGGAGCCUCAGGUGACAUAAGUUGUCUUAGUAGCCACUGAUCAACUGAUCCUCAGUGUAUCGUCAUCUCCAUCCAAUGUUCUUAGGGCUUCAAUCGCUAUAAGUGUUGCCCCAAUCAUCAGGUGCCCCCUUGUCAAUCUUAAAAGCCAUCAACUGACCGAUCUCCCAAGCGUCUCCGCCAGAUCCUGCCAGAUGCUAUGCCAUUCACCCCCAAGCUUUUGCCAGCGUGUGAGGUUGGUGCGCCACCUUAAUGGCCUCUGUUGACGCUGCUUCUUUUAUGUCCUUGGCUCCUCUUGAUUCUAUUUUUGGUGUUUUUGUUUGUGGUUGUUGUUGUUUCACCCCUAUUUUGUUUUUGGACGUUGUUGGUUUUUAGCCCUAGCUCAUAGUCUACUUUUGUUCCUUGAAUUAGCUGACUUCACAACAAUCUUAGAGAAUCUGUUUGGCCUUACAACAACCCAAGAUAAUUAGUAUGGCUCCAUCAUUAUUUAUCUUUUUUUUAAAGGAUAUAUUUGUAACAAGCUAUCAACUAAGUAAACUUUAGAUUGAGGGAGUUGCUAGAAUGUGUAAAGAUAUCUUACAAAUAUCUUGAUUAUAUCGUUGAGUAGCUUCAACUAGAUUAUUAUGUAAGAUUAAUUUCUUUAUUUAUAUGGAUUUGUUUCCAUAGUUAAUUAGGAUUAGAAACCUUAAUUAGUUUUCGUACCUGACUGAAUUAGGAACCUUCACCACAAUAAAAAUAAGGGUGAACCUUUUGUCAAACCAACUAAUGGGAAUAAUACCAAGGGACAGAAUGAGCACUCUUGUCUAAUGCGUACCGUUUUAAUAGUGACACCUUUAGACUUUUUGAUUCACACUGACUCCUGUGGUCCAUAACUACAUGACUAAUCAACUAACAACAUACCAGAAGAAGUGACUGUACAAUCAAAUAAUUUUUAGGUGUGAGAAUUGUUUCUUAACCAAAAACCAACUUAGUUGUUAGCUCUCCAAUAUCUAGCCGACCAAUGCAGCAAUGAAUCUUUGUUGUAGUAGCUUAUAGUGUCAAAUCCAAUUAGAUGUGGUGUUAUUGUUUUGUCUUCUUGUCUCGAGUAAGUUUGACUGCCAUUUCACAAAGCCAAUUCAGAAAGUUUUGGUGGAUCAUUGGACAGCAUUCAGAAGCUUGAUUCGGUUUAACUACUGCUUUUGUUUUAGUAUGUAAAAAAUGGGAUGCAUAUCAACAUAUGAUGAACAGAGUGAAAAUCACAACAGAAGUAAUUUUUUUUCUGAAGAUAGAAAACGAAUAUACAAUAUCAUUCUAUCAUAGUAAAAACUCAAGUGUGAGAAAGUCAUGGAAAGCCUACCAAACUCAAUCUCCUAAAAACAACUGCAACUAACACAAACCCUUUUGCUCUCAUCUAUUACAAUGAAUAGCUAAGCUAACCAUCCCAAACUCAGUUUACCUGUGACUCUUCGCUUCUGAGGGAGACAGUCAAUGCAACAUUCUAAUAUAGCUAGCACACUGAGGACAAACAAGGAAAUUGAGUCAUCAAAUCAAGUUGAUGCAACUUUUAUUGGAGAAAUGCACAAAUAACUUAUCUGAUAUACAUUUUAAACAUAAAUCUCACAGCAAGUGUAUUACUAUUAGGUCCCAAAUGCAAACAUUUUUAAUGAUCUGUCCCAUACUGCUCUCAUCUUUACAUGAUCUUUACAAGAAACCUUCAAUAUUACAAAACCUAUUCAGCAUUCCCCUUCUGUUUCCUCCUUGAUCUGCUGUAUAAUUUAGAAGGUGGAGAAGGAGAAAACUCAAAUGGAAGUGGUGGAAGGGCCAUUUCGCCUUUCAAAAUCUUAACAAUGUCCCGGAUAUCUG